UAUUUUUGGAAGACGAUCAGGCUGCCGCUGAGCCCGAGAACCCAGUUCCAGAUGUGCUAAAACUUUAACCAGUUGCGAUCGGCGGAGCAUGAAUCGGUGGCGGAGGUCAGUGGGAGAGAUCCAAGCCAGGAAGAGGCUUGUAAGUGAGUGUGAGCAGGCGCAGGCCGCCUUCAUCAAACUCACCGCCUGCUUCCAGCAAAUGGCCACCUGCUUAGGGAGUAACACAGACGGAAGCCUUCUGAGAGACGAGCUGGAGGAAACCAGGGGACAGGCGCAUAAAAUAUGUACAGGGCUGCACCGGAGGCUGCUGGAGCUGCUGGUUGAGACAGAGGAAGGCCAGAAUGACCGCGUGCAGGUCGAGCGCAGCUGGGUGCUGCUCCUGUGCGCUUUGGAGAACUUCCAGCAUGAGCUCAAGAGAGUCACCGCACUCCAGGAGCUCUUUCCCAUUGCUGUGCAGAAGGACAAACAUGCCCUGGUUAACACAGGUGCCUCUGGAGGAGGCACUGAGGUGGCAGGUCGUGCUGCCAUGGUGCAGAGCCCUUGGGUGGUGACAGAGUGCAGGGAGAAGCCUGACCUGAAAGGCCAUGUGCUGGAGAUUGAGGCCCUGCUCCAGGAAAUGCUGCAGAGGGUAAAUGUGCCACUGUGGUCAGUGGAGCCAAUGCAGAAAGCCUGGGAUGAGGGGACACAGGAAGCUGAUGAUGAUGACACCCUGGAGGAGAUGAUGGAGGUGGAAGUGGUGGCACAGGAUGGAAAAUCAGGCUGCUGCAGUCAUUCCAACUGUAGACUAGGAUGCAUAUUCUGUUUGCUCAACUAGACCUAUUUUGGACAAUGUAGCUAGUGAGAAAUCAGUCUUCAAUCCCCAUGUAAUUUGGCAUGUCUUGGUUUUAGCAACAAAAUCCAGAUUAAUCACGAUCCAUCUGGCAACUAUCAAUCUUUCAUACUGUACAUAUACUGCACAGUUUCAUAGGGUCAUUUUCAGACAAUACUGCCCCCUAUCUGCAAAUGCUACUAAACAAAAUAGGACUAUAAAAUGGAACACAC